UCCCAAUUCCUUGGUCAUUUGCCCCCGGCCGCUCUGCCCAGUAGGCUACUAUACUACCUUGUCCUGUUUUCACUUUUACCCUACUCCCCACUUUUGCCUAGCAGUAUUGGUCGUUCAAACUAUCGCUUCUUCACACUGCGACUAGUCAUGUCGGGAUACAAACCAUUUGGUGGUCGCGAGCCAAACUACGAGGACAGAGGUCCAUCUGUCGUCGCUGCAGGAACGAUCUUCAUCAUAGUCCCCACUAUCGCCGUCUGUGUCCGCUUUUGGUCUCGAAUAGUUGCUACUCGAUCCAAGUUCUGGUGGGACGAUGCCGCCCUGCUGGUUACACUGGCGUUCUCCAACGCAUACAGUGCCACCAUGAUUUGGUGGACCACUGUAGGCUAUGGAAGACACAUGUACAUGCUCCCUCUGAGCUCGGUCAAGAAGAACAUGCUGGGCGUACAGCUCAUCACAGCCUUCUACAUUGGCUCUAUCAACUUCAUCAAAAUCUCGACGCUGUUACUCUACGCGCGCCUGUUCCGGGUUUCCAAACGCAUGAUGUAUACUCUCUGGACUCUCGGGGGUAUCGUUGUCGCGUGGUGGAUCGCAUCCGAAGUGCUCCCUUGGUUUGCGUGCAACCCACCCAAGAAAACGCUCGAUCCCUUCAUUCCGGGCGUGUGCAUUAGCAGGAUCAAUUACUAUCACGCUUUGGGGCUCAUCAACCCACUUCUGGAUAUCACCAUUCUGUUACUGCCCAUGCCGAUCGUGUGGAAGCUGCGCAUGAGCUGGCGACGAAAGUUGCUGGCUUCAUCGGUCUUCGUACUAGGCUAUUGUUCCGUUUCGAUGGCCCUCGUUCGCUCAGGCAUGAUCUUUCAUAACCCCAAGAUUCUCUCUGCUAGCAACGGCGCAGACCCAACCUACGACACCGUCCCUCUUCAAAUCGUCUCCAUGCUCGAAGCCCCCCUCGCCAUCAUCGCCCUCUCGGGACCCCCCAUCAACCAAAUCAUGCGCCGCGCCAAACAAUUCGGCUGGCACUCGCUGUUCAGCACUGCCCGCGAGCCGAGCGGCAGCAGCGGCAGCAAGUCGAGCACACGCUCGCGACACACAAACGACAGUGUGGCGGACGGCGCGAAGCCAGAUGGGCUUUUUCACCGAGUCGUGAAAAAGAAGAUGAGUUCCGCGUCUGUGGCCGUGAGGGGCGGAAGGAGAGAGGACGAGGAGGCUUUGCAUCCUGUUCCGUCGUAUAAUGGGCAUGAGUUGCAGCCGUGGGAUGGGGGGAAGGGGACGAUUCAGGUGCAGAGGGAGGUCAGUGUUGUUUAG